CCUCUCCAACCACUGGGACACCCUCAGCUUCUAGAGAAUAAAGGUCUUGAGAGUCAACAAGAUGAAGGUUCUGCUCUUCAGUCUUGUCUUUGGUCUUCUUGUGGCCAGUCAAGGUGAAGCUCAGACAGACGCCUCACAGCUCACAGGAAGAUGGAAAUCCCAUUACAUGGCAGCUGAUAACAUAGAGAAGAUCACCGAGGGCGGGCCAUUCCACACUUUCAUGCGUUACAUGAAGUUUGAUGAAGAAAAUGGCACAGCACUCUUCCAAUUUUAUUUCAAGGAGGAUGGAGAAUGCAGAGGAGACUAUACCACAGGCACAAAGGAUGGAGACGUUUAUUCUUUUCAGUACGCGGGUCACACUGAAUUUCGGGUCGUUAGAGUGGAAAACAACGCUCUCUUAGCUGAUGUUAUCAAUGUGGAUGAAAAUGGCAAGGAGACACAACUGGUACAAUUGUUUGGCAUAGGAGAUGAUGUUGGACCAAAAUGCAAAGAAGAGUUCUACAACAUGGUGAGAGAAAAAGGGAUUCCAGAAGAAAAUAUCCUGAACUUCAUCGAUCAGGAUGACUGUCCAGAGGAGUGGGAAAAAAAGUGACUCUGACACUUU